AUGCCUCCUUCCAGGUGGCUAGACCUCAUAGGCAAGGUCGCUAUCAUCACGGGCGCUUCUCGCGGCAUCGGGCGCGCCAUUGCCUUCAACCUCGCCUCGCGCGGUUGCUCCAUCCUCGGAACCUGCACUGGUGACAGAGGCGUCCAGUCUCUCUCAUCAGGCCUGAACGACGAGAUCACGACCCAUGUUUUCGAAGCCACAUCGCGAGAGCGGCCAGCCAGCCUGCACAUCAAAGGCCUUGUCGCCAACAUUUUCUCCCCUGAUUGCGCAAGCACCAUCGCCAAGGAGGUCCGGGAUUCGUUCCACGGCCGGGUCGACAUCUUUGUCAACUCGGCCAGUGACACCAUGCCCGGUGUCAUUGGCGACAUGGGAACCGAUGAGGUGCAGCGAAGCCUCCUGGCCAACAUCCAAACGCCGGUAAUGAUCGUCGAGGAGCUGGUCCGCAGGCGCUACUUCCAGCCCGACAGCCGCAUCAUCUACAUCUCGUCCAUCCGGUCCCGCCAGCCCUGGAGCGAUCAGCUCAUGUACGCGGCCGGAAAGUCGGCUGGCGAGUCACUGUGUCGGACGUGGGCGCAGGCCUUUGGCGGCAAGGACAAGAGGUAUUCUUUCAUGGCCGGCACGACAGCGAAUGCCGUCACGGUGGGUCUGACCGAGACAGAGGCUGUGGUCAACUGCGGGCCGGAGGCUGUCAAGAGGUUCCAGGACGAGUUCUUCCCUGUGCAGAGUAUCCCGCGGUUUGGGCAGGCCGAGGAUGUGGCCGAUGUUGUUGGACUUCUCUGUGGUCGCGAUGCCAGGUGGAUUACUGGUUGUGUCAUCAGCGCCAGCGGAGGCGGCAUCAAGAUCGGGUGA